UCAGCAUCAUAGUAACAUGCAAGCCACCACAGUAUGACAGCAUGACAGAUGUGUGGGGAAACAGACAUAUAGUUAAUACUAAUAAAGAGAACAUCCAUUUGUUUCUCCAGAUUUAGAGUUAAAACAGUAUAACCAAGUGUUUAUAUUCUGCUAUGGGGUAAAAUCUUACUUUUUCAAAUCUUACCCAUCUUUUAAGUGUCAAUUCAAGUCCUGACUCCUCUGACGUUUUAUGCAUGUAUAGUAACUCACAGUAAUCUUUCCUACUCUGAUUUCCUGUGAUGGUCUACAUACUUCAGUUUGGCCAUCAGCCUAGAGAAUUAUUUUGAUAUUUAAUCGCUUUGUGUAGUUAUAACUUAUCCAACCAGUGGGAUGGUAAAAUGCCAGUUGAUUGUAGCAGUGUCUUCUCUAUUUUUGUGUCGAAAAACUGUCAUUUUUUUAAAGGACAGUUUUGAAGCAAAAUAUCGCCAAUAAUAGUUUUACUUAUUUCUGAAAUGCAAUUUAAGAAUAAUUCAUGUUUAGUUUUUCUAAAGAACAUUUUCACUUAAAUACAAGAUUAUUAUUUUUCUGUAUUUUUAUUAUUCAUUUCAUUCUCAGUACGCAUUUAAGAAGACAAAUGCAUUUCGUUCGAAUAGAAUGCUCCAAGGAAGAGUUUCAGAAAAGAAAGAAUAUUAAUUAUUUCUUUAGCUUAUUUAUGAAAAGUCGUUUUGGAAAGUACAUCCAUUUUAUUCUUUUACAGGACUUUUGGGUGGAUUUUUACAUUUGCUGUGUUAAAGUCAUUCUCAGUCUUGAGAAAAUUUGUAAAGGUUUAUUUGAUAAAGUAUCAGCAUUUUAAUAGCUCUAAUUGUCUAAGCAUUCCUAAUUAUAUGUUGAGCUUUCUAAUUCUUACCACAGCUGCUCUUUCUGGCAACGUUUAAACGUCAGUCUCCAAUCAGUUACGUUAAUCUCUAAUCAUACAGUAUAAUUAAAUUCAUCUGACCUGGUUACUGGGCACAUUUCGGAAAUCAGACUGAUUCUUAUCUUGACAUCAUUAAGACUAUUUCCAUAUGAAAACUGAUCUUUUGGAAUCAUUUUACAGCCUUUCCUUUAUCUGCCAGUUAACAUUUCACCAAAACAUUUCUUUUGAAAAGUAACCUAACUGACUUUAUUAAUUAAAAAAGAAACUGAAAUGAUUAUAAAAUACAUAUAAGACAAAAUGCCUAAGAAACUAAUGACAUUCCUUUUUAUUUGUAGAGAUACUUCCUAGUUGGAAGCAAUCAUGCAGAAACGAAAUACCGUGUCUUGAAAAUUGAUAGAACAGAACCAAAAGAUUUGGUCAUAAUUGAUGAUAGGCAUGUAUAUACUCAGCAAGAGGUGAGAGAACUUCUUGGCCGCUUGGAUCUAGGAAAUAGAACAAAGAUGGGACAGAAAGGAUCCUCGGGGUUAUUUCGAGCUGUUUCAGCUUUUGGUGUUGUAGCAGCACAAGAUGACUAAGACAACAACUGAAAAUUUUUAUGGCUAUAAAUCAUGGAGAGAAAUCAUAAAGUUUCGUCAGAUUUUUAGAAGGCUAUUAUAUUGUGUUAAUAACUAAAAGGAGGAAGAUGGCAGAUAUUGGAGGUCAUGCAAUAUAUAAGAUUGAAGAUACAAAUAUGAUCUAUAUACCCAAUGAUUCUGUACGAGUUACUCAUCCUGAUGAAGCUAGGUAUCUACGAAUAUUCCAAAAUGUGGACCUAUCUAGCAAUUUUUACUUUAGUUACAGCUAUGAUUUGUCCCACUCUCUUCAGUAUAAUCUCACUGUCUUGCGAAUGCCCCUGGAGAUGUUAAAGUCAGAAACAACCCAGGCUCCCCAGGCUCGCCAGGAGAGCUUUGACAUCUUUGAAGAUGAAGGAUUAAUUACACAGGGUGGAAGCGGUGUAUUUGGGAUCUGUAGUGAGCCUUACAUGAAGUAUGUGUGGAACGGUGAACUUCUGGAAAUAAUUAAAAAUACUGUGCAUCGUGACUGGCUGUUGUAUAUUAUUCAUGGGUUCUGUGGACAGUCAAAGCUGUUGAUCUAUGGACGACCAGUGUAUGUCACCCUAAUAGCUAGAAGAUCCAGUAAGUUUGCUGGGACCCGUUUUCUAAAGAGAGGUGCAAACUGUGAGGGUGAUGUUGCAAAUGAAGUGGAGACUGAGCAAAUACUCUGCGAUGCUUCUGUGAUGUCUUUUACUGCAGGAAGUUAUUCUUCUUAUGUACAAGUUAGAGGAUCAGUUCCUUUAUACUGGUCUCAGGACAUUUCAACCAUGAUGCCUAAACCUCCUAUUACUUUGGAUCAGGCAGAUCCAUUUGCACAUGUGGCUGCCCUUCACUUUGACCAGAUGCUUCAGAGGUUUGGCUCCCCCAUCAUCAUCUUGAAUUUAGUGAAGGAACGAGAGAAAAGAAAGCAUGAAAGAAUUCUGAGUGAAGAACUUGUGGCUGCUGUGACCUACCUCAAUCAGUUUUUGCCUCCUGAGCACACUAUUGUUUAUAUUCCUUGGGAUAUGGCCAAGUACACCAAAAGCAAGCUGUGUAAUGUUCUUGAUCGGCUGAAUGUGAUUGCAGAAAGUGUGGUGAAGAAAACAGGUUUCUUUGUAAACCGCCCUGAUUCUUACUGUAGUAUUUUGCGGCCAGAUGAAAAGUGGAAUGAACUAGGAGGAUGUGUGAUUCCCACUGGUCGCCGACAGACUGGUGUUCUUCGAACCAACUGUGUGGACUGUUUGGAUCGCACCAACACAGCACAGUUUAUGGUGGGAAAAUGUGCUUUAGCUUAUCAGCUGUAUUCCUUGGGAUUGAUUGACAAACCUAAUCUACAGUUCGAUACAGAUGCAGUUAGGUUAUUCGAGGAGCUCUACGAGGACCACGGGGAUACCUUGUCCCUUCAGUAUGGUGGUUCUCAACUUGUUCAUCGGGUGAAAACCUAUAGAAAGAUAGCUCCUUGGACCCAGCACUCUAAGGACAUCAUGCAGACCCUGUCUAGAUAUUACAGCAAUGCUUUUUCAGAUGCUGAUAGACAAGAUUCUAUUAAUCUCUUCCUGGGAGUUUUCCAUCCCACAGAAGGAAAACCUCACCUCUGGGAACUCCCAACAGAUUUUUAUUUGCAUCACAAAAAUACUAUGGGACUUUUACCAACAAGAAGAAGUUACACUUACUGGUGGACACCAGAGGUAAUAAAACAUUUACCAUUGCCCUAUGAUGAAGUUAUCUGUGCUGCGAACUUAAAGAAGUUGAUAGUGAAGAAAUUUCACAAACAUGAAGAAGAGAUUGAUAUCCACAAUGAGUUCUUUCGGCCCUAUGAAUUGAGUAGUUUUGAUGAUACCUUUUGCUUGGCUAUGACAAGUUCAGCACGUGACUUUAUGCCUAAGACCGUUGGCAUUGAUCCGAGUCCAUUUACUGUGCGUAAACCAGAUGAGACUGGAAAAUCAGUAUUGGGAAACAAAAGCAAUAGAGAAGAAGCUGUAUUACAGCGGAAAACAGCAGCCAGUGCCCCACCACCUCCCAGCGAGGAGGCUGUGUCCAGCAGCUCUGAGGAUGACUCUGGGACUGACCGGGAAGAUGAGGGCUCAGUGUCUCAGCGCUCCACUCCAGUGAAGAUGACCGACACGGGAGACAGUGCCAAAGUGAUGGAGAAUGUAGUCCAGCCCAUGAAAGAGGUUUAUGGAAUUAACCUCUCAGAUGGCCUCUCAGAAGAUGACCUCUCCAUUUAUUCAAGAUUUGUUCAGCUGGGGCAGAGUCAACAUAAACAAGACAAGAGCAGCCAGCAGCAUUGUUCCAAGUGCUCAGAGGGAGUUAUAAAAUUAACGCCCAUCUCGGCUUUCUCUCAAGACAACAUCUAUGAAGUGCAGCCUCCUAGAGUAGACAGAAAAUCCACAGAGAUCUUCCAGGCCCACAUCCAGGCCAGUAAAGGUAUCAUGCAGCCCCUCGGGAAAGAAGACACCUCUACGUACCGAGAGUACAUCAGAAACCGAUACCUGUGAAGAGAGAGCAGGUCCACAUAGCGCACCUCAGGGGGCCAAGCAAGCCACGUCUGCUUCUGUUAUCAUCUGUUUUGUCUCAUGUUAAAAAGGCAAUUUCCCAGCAGUCCUUUCCGUCCGAAGGUCAUUCCUCUUUUUGCAACUGGUGAAAUACAAAUUAUAGGUAACCAAGAAAUGACUGAAUACUUUGCUGUUAUUAACUGCUUUAUUUUAGAAACGCUUUGUUUAGAAAUGUGAUCAAUGUAGUUUCAUACCAUCAUAUUAAGAAAUUAACUUUAAAAAAUGGAUACAGAAACACUCGGUUGUUUUUGUGCCGUUGAGUCAAUUCUGACUCAUAGUGACCCUAUAGGACAGAGUAGAACUGCCCCAUAGAUUUCCCAGGCUGUAAUCUUUACGGGAGCAGAUCACCAGGUCU